AGUGUAAUUUUGGCUGUGCGGCGUGUUAGUCUCAGUCACCGUCAACGUCUCCGUCUCCGUCUCAGUCAUAGUCGCCGUUAGCAGUCACAGUCACAGUCGCGGUCUCCGUCUACGUUUGUCGUUGUCGUUGAACGCUGCUGGGACACCCGGGACACAAACAACGUCUUUUGCGAGUGUCGACUCGAGUGUCGCUGCCAAAAGAAGCGAAAUAAAAAGCUAGUGGGAUAGAGGAAUGGAUUGAAAAGAGCAACGACAACAUCGAAAAUCGGAAAAUUGUAGCAGCCCCAGCAGCAGCAGCAGCAGAUGUGGACCAAAAUGGCCGAGAUGGCCUCAACGGGUUUCAGUUGGUUGACGCUGGCCUAGAAAGCGCAACCUCAACCUAAACCUCGAUAUAUAACAUGUGCCGCAUGCAUUGAAGUGGACACAGCACAGCACAGCACAACACAGCACAGCACAGCACGAUACUGCGCUGCAAAAAGCAUUACACAACACUACACUAAACACAAAACACAACAACACCGAUACCGACACUAGCAAACAAACACAGACAGACUAAAAGCGAGAGAGAGAGUGUGAACUGAACAAUGGUCAUCCAGUGUACAUGCGAUUGCAACUGCAGUGAUAGAGACACAGCCCGUAGCUCCUGUUUGCCACGCUUGCAGCAGCAACGUGCCACGCCCACGUCGUCGUUAACGCCGACGCCCACAACGCCCCUAAAUGGUGGCAAUGAUAUGGAGAAUCGGUUUCCAUACUAUCGCCGCCUCUCAAAUACCUCAUCAGCGCUCUACGGCAGCUGUCCCCAACUGCAAUUGCCACACCAUCAGCAACAGCAACAUAAACAACAUCAGCAGCAGCAGCAGCAACAACAACAACAGCAGCCGCUGCCUCAGACCUGCCACAGUCACGGUCUUAGUCUUGGUUUAAGGCAUCAUCAACAGCACAACAACAACAACAACAACAACAACGACGAGGAGCAGCUGCAGCGGCAAUACUCGAGUCUGGUGCGGCCAGCGAAACACAGAGGCAGCGUGCUGUGCAACAAAUGUGCGCUGUGACGAAGAUACAACCUAAGCUGUGAGCAUCCCGAGUCACAUUCACAACCACAUCCGCAACAAGGCCACAACAAAACAGCAGCAGCAGCACCUACAACAGACAGCUUAAAGCGAAAGCAACAGCAGCAGCAGCAGGAAGAGGAGCAAGGACAGCCACAGGGAGCAGACGGGGCGCAUAACACGCCACGUUAUUUGUGCCCCGAGUGUCGCUUUAACAAUCAACCGUUGGCCUGGUGGGUCUCAUGUCCACGUCUCUCCUAUCUGCCAACUGAGCAGCAGAAGCAACAGCAGCAAGAGUCGACAGCAGCAACAGCAAUGCAGCAACAACAACAGUCACAACAGCAGCAACAGCCAGCUCGUCACUGCCAUGGCACAAAUCUGAAUUCGGCUACGCGUUUUCCACUUCAAGCGACAGCCAAGCAGCGGCAUUGUGACAAUUUUGGUAGCUAUGCCACUUUGCCCAGCAUCGAACAUCAGCAGCAGCCGCAGCAGCAGCAGCAACAGAUACAUCAUGCACCCUGCAGUCGCCAUUGCACAGCAGCUGCAGCAGCAACAUUGCCACCACAUCCUGAGCCAGCUGCUCGCUGGUAUGCGGCCAGCACUGUCAAUCCCAAUCCUUGCUGUUACAUGUACAAUCCCACGCCACACUAUGCCCCUCCGCUCUGCCUCUGCGAUAAUUGGUAUCACCAGCAACAGCACCAGCAGCAACAGCAUCAACAGCAGCAACAUCAUCUUCAUCAUCAGCGUGGCUUUCCAGCAGCGCCAAAGCCAUUUAUGCCCAAUGGCGGCUGCUACUUGGGCUUUGAAGGCCAUCAUCCCAGUCAUAUUACGGAUGAGGAGGAUUCGGCGUUUCCAGCGCUUGCUGAUCGAGAAUUUCAUUUGUUGCAUCGCAAUAUUCCCGCCUUGAGGCGCACAGGAGUCGACACAACGCGUAUACGACAGUAUUUUUACCCGGACGGCGGCUGGGGCUGGAUCAUAUGCGGCGUGUCCUUUCUGGUGCACAUUCUGACCACGGGUCUGCAACUGAGCUAUGGUCUGCUGCUAUUCUAUGCGGUGCAGCAUUUGCAUAACACAAGUGGCAUCGAGCUGCUGGGCGCUUUGAGUUGGUCAAUUUCAAUGCUCGCCAUUCCGUUUGUGGUGUCGCUGUGUCGCAAGCGAUCCAUACGCUUGCUAUCCAUUGUCGGUGGUCUCGUGAUGCCGCUGGGCAUUCUGUUUACAUCAUUUGCCACGGAAUUCGGUCAGGUUGUUUUCAGUUAUGGCAUCGUGUUUGGCAUUGGCGUUUCUAUGGUGCGAGAAGCCUCCACAGUGAUGCUGGGCAAUUAUUUUAAGCGUCGGCGGCAAUUCGUCGAAAUGGUGGCCAUGUCCGGCGAGGGAGUCGGCAUCGCAUUGUUCUCCGUCAUCCUAAAGGAGGGCGUUGGCAAGGCUGGCUGGCGCCUAGGUCUUCAAAUUGUGGCCGCUCUAACGGCGCUUAGCUUUUUCAUGGGUCUCAUGUAUCGACCCGCAUCCCUCUACCAUCCGCAGCGACGGGCCAUUCAGCACUUGAAAAAUCAACGCAAAAAGCUGAGGGAAAAGAAACCAAAACUGACCCAUGAGGUCGAGUCGCCUAGUCGAUAUUUAUUUUUGGACAUAUCAUCCCUCAAAUCGGUAACAGUUAAAAUCCUUCUAAUGACCUCCAGUGUCGCUGCAUUCGGCAUCUAUACGCCCAUGUUCCUCAUGGCUCUCAAUGCCGCCAAGGAGGGUUCCGAUGUGCAGGAGCUUGUGCUGCUGCAAACCUUUCUCGGCAUCUCCAUGGCUCUAGGCGUUGUGCUUGCAGGCGCUUUGUUGCGUCGCUGUUUUGUCAUCAAACACUUUGUGAUCAAUACCAAAAUCGUUACUCAGCUCUUUAUUGCCAUUGUUGCACUGGCCAUACUCUUUCUCUCCUUUGUCAUGGGCUACAAGGGUCUCUGCAUACUCAGUUGGCUUUAUGGCAUCGGCUUGGGCGGUUUUCAAUACUCACUUAAAAUUCUGGCACUGGAGCGCAUCAAACUUAAGCACUUUUCGAAGGCUUGGGGCUUUAUACGUGGCGUGGAAUCGGUGCCCGUAUUAAUUAGCGUGCCGCUCACCUCGUUCCUCAACGAUUACUCCCUUAAAUACGGACGUGCUGGCUACUAUAUUUGCUCAGCUGCCGCUGCCAUCUCCGGCAUCAUUAUCUUCUUCAUUACCGAGCCACAGGAGCAACAGCAGCAGCAACAGCAGCAGCAGCAGCAACGCGGUCAUCUCAAUGGACAUCUGCCCACGCCCAUGUUGAUGCGUCACUCAUCGGCGCGACAUCAUCGUCCACAGCUGGCGAUGGACUAUGGUGGCUAUGGCGAGUAUCCGGCACCCGAUCUGCUCAGUCGCAGCUGCAUGAGUCUCAAUCAAAUGGAGCCCUAUCUGCAGGCCAACAACAGCAGCAGUUCCAACUAUUGCCAACGUCACAUGCACCAUCAGCAGCAGCAACAGUUGCCACCGCCGCCACCGCCACAGCAAUCGCAUGGCCAUCAGGGGCUGCAUCAACAUCUGCAGCAGCAGCAGCAACAUCAUCAUAUGACGCCGCAACAUCAUCCACAGCAGCUCACCUGCCACAAUCUGGACAUGCAACAGACACGCUCCCCCUACCAACUGGGUCAGGGCAGCAUUGGGGCCAAGAUGGGCAAGCGACUGCAGCGGAGUCUCUCGUUCAUUCAGCAGCACAACUGCUGCGAUGGCCAGAUGUACUGCAGUUGGCACAGCACCUAUGAGCUCGGUUGCCGCAAGUCGCCCAAAUCUCAGGACAGGCAGCAACUCAUCUGUACUUGCAGCAGUCCCCCAUCCACCACCUAUGGAGGAGUUGGAGCUGGAAGUUCAGCGCGUAGCCGAAGUGUGCCGGAGGGUUUGUCGACCAUGUCGCAGCAGUGUAACUGCCGUCAUGGGGCAGGCGUGCCAACCGCAGCGCCCUCGCGCGAGUUUAUCUACGUGCCACACGCCUACGCAUCAUUGCAGCGCACGCCACAUCGACAGAGUCGUCAAACAGGAGGAGGAGCAGCAGCAGCUGGCACAGGAGCAGGAGCAGGAGCAACGGGAGCAACUAACAGCGGUUGUUCGGCAACGAGUCGCAAUCCACAGUGCCGACUAAAACGCUCACAAUCGCUGUGCCGACCCGUUCACUUUGUCGAGCAAAUCACCACCUCCGUGUAGAGCAAAGAGCGAGGGUUAGUCAAACCCUCGGUAGAGUAGCAUAUUUUGUAGUAGUCGCCGUCGUCGUCGUCGUGCAAAGUUACGUGAAUCGAAUUCAAAUUGUCACAGAGAAAAAAUGAAAAAAAA